AUGAAUCUCUUCUCGAAACCACUCAAGCCAUCAAUACCUCUAUCAAGAAGCUCAGCGUUCACAUUACUGGCCGCUUUUCUCGUUCUGAGGUCCCGAGUUUUUACGAUACCAAAGGAUGCUCUCGCGAGACUCAAGAAAGUAGCAGGAGUAAACCAGAAUGCAGCCCAAGAGCUAGCGGAAGCCCUUCAGCAAGUGUACACCAAGGAGGCGGACGGCUCAAAGACCUUGCUUGUACCGUAUCGAAACACAGUGUCCAAAGUCAACAUCCAGCCGACACCGACAGAGAAAUUCGAGUCCGAUGCUCCGUACUUUCCUGAGAUCCCCCCUGUUUCGCAAACCAAACCAAAUGUCGACUCCAAUUUCCUACGGCAGCUGCGAGCCAUACUAUUCCGAAUAGCCUUCCCGAAAUUCCGGUCGAAAGAGACGUUCAUCGUCGCGCUGCAUUCGUUCUUCCUGAUUCUCCGAACUGUGCUUAGCGUUGGCGUGGCCAGGUUGGACGGAAUCAUCGUCCGUGAUUUGGUUCGCGCGGACGGCAAAGGUUUUUUAAAGGGAUUGGGUUUAUGGUUCCUACUCGCGAUUCCGAGUACAUACACCAAUUCUAUGAUUCGGCAUCUUCAAGCCAAGUUAUCACUAAAUCUACGGACGCGUUUAUCGAGAUACAUCAACGAUUUAUACCUUUCUUCGGCGCCCAACCUCCGUUACUACCGCUCUGACUUGGAUGGCAUCGACCAAUACGUCACCGCCGACGUCGACGCGUGGGCAGACGCUCUGGCAGGCCUCUACGGGAACAUCCUGAAACCCUCCCUCGAUAUCCUCCUCUUCACCUCACAGCUAUCACGUACACUGGGUAUACGCGGUACAUUACUGUUGUUCGGAAACUACUAUGCGACGGUCUCUAUUCUACGGGCGGUGACUCCUGCGUUUGGGAGGCUAGCAGCUGUUGAGGCACGCCUUGAAGGUGAGUACCGCGCUGGGAUGGGACGGAUAGGUCGGGAAAGCGAAGAAAUAGCGUUCUAUGACGGCGGUGCCCGCGAGAAGGAUAUACUCAGCCGGGCCUAUCUACGGUUGAUCAAGCACGUCAACUCCAUCUAUAAGAUUCGAAUAGCCUAUGAAUGGACAGAAGACUAUGUUAUCAAAUAUAUGUGGUCUGCUGCUGGGUAUGGACUCAUAGCUGUACCGUUGCUGUUCACACGCACGAAGCGCUCGCUGGGUGUCCAGACCGGCGCAGCUGCUGGAGAGAAACCUGACGAUGCUGUUGCAGGUAGAACGGAAACUUACAUCUCGAAUCGACGCCUACUCCUCUCGUUGGCCGAUGCUGGCGGCAGGCUCAUGUACGCCUACAAGGAUCUGCUCGAACUUGCCGGUCUGACAACUCGGCUAUACACUCUGCUGUCGAACUUGCAUAAUCUUCAGCCCCUUCCACCGAGUUCUACGGACAGCGAAGACGUGGUAGAACUAGACCACGUUCACAUCGGUAUCCCACGCCCGAGGGGAAAUAAUCAGGAUAUCAACAUCGAUGGUGAUGGCGCCCUUGGCUUGGAUUUGCAGUCCUCGAAUGAAACGCCGGCGUUAGUCAAGGAUCUCUCAUUGGUCUUGAAAGAAGGCGAGCAUCUUAUGAUCACUGGCAGCAACGGCGUCGGUAAAUCCUCCGUCGCUCGCGUUCUGUCGGGUCUAUGGCCGCCCCAAGGAGUCAACUCACAGGUCAAUCGCCCGUCGGACAAAGGACGCAAAGGCUUGUUCGUCGUCCCACAGAGGGCUUACAUGGUCGCGGGGAGCUUGCUGGAUCAGAUAAUCUACCCGCAUUCUUAUGCCGAGUUUUUGGAAUCAGGCAAGACGCUGGAGGAUUUGAUGAAGAUCUUGGAGAUGGUGUAUCUGGCUUAUUUACCGGAGAGAGAGGGUGGGUGGACGACGAGGAAGGAGUGGAGGGAUGUGUUGAGUGGGGGCGAGAAACAACGGAUGGGUAUGGCUAGGGUGUUCUAUCAUCGUCCCAAGUUUGCCAUACUAGACGAGUGCACAAGCGCCGUGUCCAGCGAUGUUGAAGGCCGGAUGUACGAACACGCAAAGUCGCUCGGUAUCACCCUGAUCACCAUAUCUCUCAGACCUUCCCUGAUGAAGUACCACACCAACUUGCUGACGCUGGCAGGCGACGGGUCUGGGCGUUGGUCACUCUCGCGCGUGGGGACGGCGGAGGAGCUCAUGGGCAUCGACCGUGAGGUUAUCUCAUUGGAGGCCAAACUGGCGGAGGUGGGCAAUUGGGAAAGAAGGGUGAAGGAGCUUGACGGCUUGCUAUCGGCGCAGGAACCUGCAGACGACGACACGGUCAUCGUGUAA